AUGGCUGGAGCCUCGUCGGGUGUGGUAGAGGUUGAUCUGAUCUUUCCGCGCAACGAGACAUAUGCGCCUACCGCCUAUUUGCCCAUUAUUUUCGCCUUCCAAAAUUCUCAUCUGGCGCCUUUCCUCGAUCCGCUCAUUCACAUCAACGCUCAACUAGUCCAGAAUGCGAACGGCAGCACUCCUCAAUGGGCUCCGCCCGCGUCAAUCGAUCUGGAACAACUGCGAUGGGCAAACUUUACCAACAACGACACCUACUUUGCAUACCCAACUUACCAACGUAAUGAAUUCACCUUCGCGACUGAAGGGGUCUGGGAGAUCACUUGGACAUUCAACUGGGCAGUAUGUACCGAAGACUCGUUGGCAAACAACAUAUUUAUCCGAAACGAAUCGCAACACACGAUGACGCUCACCAUCAGAAAGGACGCUCAAGAGGUAGAUCUUGUGUCCGGAACAACGGGCAAGAGCUGCUCUGGACAAGAUGGUGUCGCGGUCAACAUCACGAAUACGCUUCAUAUCCCUAGCUCCGCUCAUUGGGAAGGUCAAACAGAUAAGUGGGAAGGUCAAGGCGACAUAUGUGCAUCCACGACGUCUUCUGUCCCUAAGUCGGAUCCUUGUCGAGUGAGCAUCGACCCUGCCGCCGCUGCAAGCAUCUCAUGUUCAAUCACCUAUGGUAGCUCAGCGGCAAAUUUCAGCACAACAACCUCUUCGCUGACAUGCCCGGAGGAUAAGAAGGGCGCGGCUGGGCGUUUGACCAUUGGGGGCAUUGCAGCGCUGUUUGGGGUAUUGUCCUACCUUCUUCAUUAA